GAGCAACGUUCAGGUUAAUUUUGUAGCCUAAUUUGAACAUAAUUAGGUCAAAAUAGCGUAACAAAACAUACUACGAGGGGAUUGAGACAUUCACACCACCAGUCAGCACGAAAUAUAGGGGAAGGUUUGCCAAUUUCAGGUUAUGGCCUGCAAACACGCCCUCUGGGGCGGCGCGUUCUGUGACGUAGCAUCAGGGGAACGCCUAUUGUUUUGGUUUAGCUCGUGGUAGUUGUCAGUCAGUUGUAGUCAGUUAGCAGUGUUUUCAGUGAGAGAUUUUUAUAGACGUUUUGCGAUUCGACCAUGGUCAACAUUUGUGUUUGCGCUGGAUGUGCCAACUCGAAUGUCACUGGACAUCGUCUUCAUGGCUUUCCGAGCAGGAAAAGCAAAAAUUUCCGAGCGUGGGUCCGUUUUGUACAGAUGAAGAGAGCGAACUUCUCUGCAGCUUCUGUUACAGCUCACACAGUCAUCUGUGAGCAACAUUUCACUACAGACGACUAUGAGAAAGGGGACGUGAUGGAGCACCUCAUGGGAUUUCGUAAAAAAGUGGCUGUGAGACUGUGUAAAGAGGCCGUUCCCUCCCUCCAUUCAUCGGCUUGUCUGGCAAAUGACCCCAGAGCUACUGGUGGGGAAGCUAGCUCCAGCUCUGGUCAGGCAAGGAGGAGUGAUGCUGCACGAAGGAAAAGAGAGAUCAUCGCCGCUGCCUUAGAAGAAAAUGUAGUAGCCAACGAGGAUGACACCUGUCCUACUGGAGACGCAGAGCCUGUCGAUGAUGUGGAAUCGGAGCUAGUAGUCCACCGCGAAACACAGUGUGACAUUAGACGCACCCAUCGUUCAAUAGAUGUGCAGGUAGUGUUGAAGCCUCAGAUGGUCAGUGUGGAAACCCAGACAGAAUCUGAUGGAUGGCGGUCAACACCACUGGUCAGUCCGGAACACAGUGAAGAUGAAUUAUCAGAUGCUAUGGACAAGUCUGGGGAUGUGUCGUGGAAUCCUGAUGAAGACAUGCUGAGUGAGUCGUCUGAGGAGGAGGAGGAAGCGCAGCUGGAAUCUCAGUGUACCAAUGACGAUGAUACUGACAAGUUCAUUGUUGGGAAGGAGCAGCUCCUGUCAUUGUUCAGCACGUGUCCGGCAUGUGGUGAAGAAAGCCAGGGGCGCAUAAUAUUCCAGCAAGGGACAUACAUAAAAGUUCAGCAGUCAUGUGGAAACUGUGGCCAUCAGCAAAACUGGCAAAACCAACGUAUGCUACACCGAAACAUGCCUGCCUUCAACCUUACACUUAGUGGCGCCAUCCAUUUUACUGGCUGCAUGGCUACCCAGACCAUAAGGAUGCUUAAGUUGUUUGGACUGCAAUGCAUUAGCGCCCCCACGUUUUUUCGGCAUCAACGCCUCUACACGAUCCCAACAAUUAUAACUGCCUGGGAGGAGGAGAAAAAGGAGAUCAUCAGAGAGCUCAAAGAGCUUGAUGGUGGACUGGUCCUCUCAGGUGAUUGCCGAUCGGACUCCCCUGGACACUGUGCAAAGUAUGGCAGCUACACAUUGAUUGAAGACCGAGUCAAUAAGGUGUUGGAUGUACAACUCGUCCAGAGUUCAGAAGUCCCUAGCAGCUCAUGGUGUGAGCUAGAGGGGUUGAAGAGGAGCAUCCAGUCUCUGAAAGAGCAAAACAUGCAAGUCUCCACUUUGAUCACGGACAGAAAUCGACAGGUGGCCAAAUGGGUCCGGGAGCAGAUGGCAGAAACAAGCCAUUUUUUUGACAUUUGGCAUAUCGGAAAAAGUGUUCAGAAAGCGCUGGAUGCUGGCGCAAAGGAGAGGGGGUGCGAGGACCUAAGCCUUUGGAGGCCCGCGAUAAUUAAUCACCUCUACUGGACGGCUGCUUCCACCCCUUCAGGAGAUCCGGAUGUGAUGGAGGCGAAAUGGACCAGCAUGAUCCACCAUGUGCAGGACAUUCAUCAUCAUGAAACGCCUGCCUUUCCUAGCUGUGCCCAUCCGCAAUUGGAAGGGGAGGCACGUGACAAGGAGUGGCUGGAACCAGGAUCUGCUGCUGCUGUGAAGCUGGAGAGCAUUGCAGCCAAAAAAGCCCUGCUGAAGGAUGUGAGAAAAUUGUCACCCCAGCACCAGACCUACUCUCUGGAGGCAUAUCACUCCCUCAUCCUACGCUUUGCGCCAAAACAUACUGGCUUCUCCUAUCUGGGCAUGUUUAGCAGACUUCUGUUGGCAGCACUGCACUUUAACUGCAAUAGUGGCAGAGAUGUGGCACGGACCAGUACUGGAGAGGCACGCUACGCAGUCCGGUACCCUCGAUUCAAGAAAGGUGGCUGGGUGGUCCGUCCAAUCGUGGAAAAAGCAUCCUAUGGUUACGCUUCACAACUGAUGACAUCCCUGGAGGAGGGGUAUACAAAUUCACCACAGGCCCUCCAAGACAGAAGUGCUCUUCUGGGUUCCACUGCACCACCUCCCCUCACCUCUUCUCUCCAGAAGAUUGCCAUGGAUGAAGCAGUCGGACAACAUAUUCAACGGCACUCACGCUUCAGCACUAGCGGCACAUCUCAAGUGUAG